GAAGGAUCGCGCAGGCUGGGCUCCUGACUGAUAGUCUAAUCUCCUGAUAACAAAACGCUCCUGAUCAGUGAUCCCUGGGCAGGCUGUUUCUCCCGAGUCCCGACUGCGACUCAAUCGUAUCUUUCUUCUCGUCAAACCAACCCUAGUUUGCAACAAAGCAAAGAUCCAAUCUCUCUCUCUCUCUCUCUCUCUCUCUCUCUCUCUUCCCCGAUCAAUCAACAAUUACCAUGCUCUUAUUAUUAGAGUUGUAGACCACACCACCAGAUCCGUUCCGUGCCGUUCCCCACCACCACCACCACCACCACCACCACCACGAUGCUCCCCCGAUCUCUCGUUCUCCUGCAGCUGCUGCUGCUCUUGUCUUCGGCAUCCGCGUGGAAGAAGGACGAGUUCCGGAACUGCGACCAGACCCCCUUCUGCAAGCGCGCCCGCUCCCGCCCGCCCCACUCCCUCCCCUCCUUCUCCGUCGCCGACGUCUCCCUCUCCGACGGCUCCCUCUCCGCCCUCCUCCUCCCCCCCUCCUCCCACCCCCUCCACCAAGUCGUCGAUUCUGCUUCCCAUUCCGAUUCCCCCGAUUCCCCCCGCCCCCUCCUCCUCCGCCUGUCUGCCCUCCACGGCGGCAUCCUCCGCCUCGAGAUCGACGAACUCGAGACCGCGUCCGGCAGCCGCCGCCGCUUCCGCGUCCCGGACGUCCUCCUCCCCGACGUCGACGACCGCCUCCGCCUCCGCCUCCCCCGCCUCGGCUCCCCCGCCCCGGGCCUCUCCACCUUCCCCAUCUCCCCCGGCUUCGAGGCCGCGCUCCGCCACGACCCCUUCGAGCUCGUCGUCCGCCGCUCCCCCUCCGGCGACCCCGUCCUCUCCUUCAACUCCCUCGGCCUCUUCGACUUCGAGACCCUCCGCCCCAAGCGCCACGGCGACGGCGACGGCGACGGCGACGGCGACGGCGACGGCGAGUGGGCGGAGCGCUUCCGCAGCCACACCGACUCCCGCCCCCGCGGCCCCCAGUCCGUCUCCUUCGACGUCUCCUUCCACGGCGCCGACUUCGUCUACGGCGUCCCCGAGCACGCCCUCUCCUCGUCCCUCGCCCUCCGCCCCACCCGCGGCCCCGGCGUCGACUCCUCCGAGCCCUACCGCCUGUUCAACCUCGACGUCUUCGAGUACCUCGCCGACUCCCCCUUCGGCCUCUACGGCUCCGUCCCCUUCAUGCUCGCCCACGGCGCCGGCGCCUCCUCCUCCGGAUUCUUCUGGCUCAACGCCGCCGAGAUGCAGAUCGACGUGCUCGCCCCCUCGUCCGCGGGGCGCGUCGACACUCUCUGGAUGUGCGAGGCCGGGGUCGUCGACGCGUUCUUCUUCGUCGGCCCCGGCCCCAAGGACGUGCUGGCGCAGUACGCCAGCGUCACCGGCGCCCCCGCCAUGCCGCAGCAGUUCGCGCUCGCCUACCACCAGUGCCGCUGGAACUACCGCGACGAGGAGGACGUGGCCGCCGUCGACGCCGGCUUCGACGAGCACGACAUCCCCUACGACGUGCUCUGGCUCGACAUCGAGCACACCGACGGCAGGCGCUACUUCACCUGGGACCGCGCGCUGUUCCCCCACCCGGAGCAGAUGCAGCAGAGGCUGGCCGCCAAGGGGCGCCACAUGGUGACGAUCGUCGACCCGCAUAUCAAGCGGGACGACUCCUACUACAUUCACAAGGAGGCCACGGAGAACGGGUACUAUGUGAAGGACGCGUCGGGGAACGAUUUCGAGGGGUGGUGCUGGCCGGGGUCUUCCUCGUACCCCGAUAUUUUGAACCCGGAGAUUCGCGAGUGGUGGGCGGAUAAGUUCUCCUUGCAGAGCUACAAGGGCUCCACCCCCUCGCUCUACAUAUGGAACGACAUGAACGAGCCUUCGGUCUUCAACGGCCCCGAGGUAACCAUGCCCAGAGACGCCAUCCACUAUGGAAAUGUAGAGCACCGUGAAGUGCACAAUGCGUAUGGAUAUUACUUCCAUAUGGCUACAUCCGACGGACUUCUAAAGCGGGGAGAUGGAAAGGACAGGCCAUUUGUUCUGUCGAGGGCUUUCUUUGCCGGUAGUCAGCGGUAUGGAGCAGUCUGGACCGGAGAUAAUACUGCCGACUGGGACCAUCUCAGAGCUUCCGUUCCGAUGCUUUUAAAUCUCGGUCUUACUGGAUUGACAUUCUCCGGUGCGGAUGUUGGCGGAUUCUUUGGUAACCCGGAACCCGAGCUGCUGGUCCGGUGGUAUCAGCUCGGUGCCUUUUACCCCUUCUUUAGAGGCCAUGCCCAUCUCGACACCAAGAGACGGGAGCCUUGGUUAUUCGGAGAGAAAAACACUGCUUUGAUUAGAGAGGCGGUACACUUGCGGUAUUCAUUAUUACCGUACUUCUAUACACUAUUCCGAGAGGCUAGUGUGAGUGGAGUCCCAGUAAUGCGUCCUUUAUGGCUGGAAUUUCCUGAUGAUAAAGAAACAUUCAACAAUGGUGAGGCUUUCAUGGUUGGGCCAAGUUUGCUGGUACAGGGGAUUUAUCAGGAGAGGGAGAAAUCUGUGUCGGUUUAUUUGCCUGGCGAGCAGUCCUGGUACAGCCUGAGAGAUGGUGUUGCGUAUGGUGGAAGUGCUUCUCACAAACUGGAUGUUCGAGAAGAUAGCAUACCGAGUUUCCAAAGAGCGGGUACAAUCAUACCAAGGAAAGAUAGAUUCAGGCGAAGUUCCACCCAGAUGGUGAACGAUCCUUACACUCUGGUUAUAGCUUUGAAUAGUUCGCUUGCCGCUGAAGGAGAGCUUUACGUCGAUGAUGGCAAAAGCUACGACUUUGAGCAGGGGGCGUUCAUCCAUCGCCGGUUUGUCUUCGCCGACAAGAAGCUAACAUCCGUCAACCUUGCGCCGGCCAAUUCAGGGGCGAAGAAGUUCUCAUCAGAUUGCGUCGUCGAGAGGAUCAUAGUUUUGGGAUUACCAGCUGGAGCUAAGAAGGCUGUGAUUGAACCCGGAAACCGCGAAGCCGAGAUAGAAAUCGGUCCCCUCAACCUAAGGGCAGGCUCGAGCCCCGUCGCACCCACCAUCCGAAAGCCUAAUGUUCGAAUCGCGGACGAUUGGACUCUGAGGAUUUUGUAAGAUUUUUGUUCAUUUAUACUGCUGGAUUAGGUGUACCGAUCAGCUUCAGCUGCAUUUGAGCUGAGACAGAAAUUAGUUCAUAGUCUAAAAGUGAUUUUGUGGCCUUCUAAGUACUUUUAACUGCAUUUGUGCACGGAAAGAGAAUUUUGCUGCUUCUGGUAAUGCUAUUGUGAAUGAAUUUUUACCCUAACGCCACCGUUUUAUUUUAGCUUAUCUUUCUAUAAGAAGCAGCUGAAUUUCUA